AUGUUGAUCGCAAAUAUGGCCAUGUCUGACCUGCUCUAUCCAAUAUUCUUUGUUCCUGCUCGUCUGGCAGAAUGGCACGCUGGCUCGUGGCUUAUUGGUGGUACCCUUGGUCAGGCCUUGUGCAAGAUACACAUUUUUCUUGUUGAUGUUUCCUCGUUAGUGUCGAUUCAGAGCCUUGUUCUGAUAACAGUGGAUCGAUUUGUAGCUGUUGUAGUUCCACUCCGUUCCCCUCUCGUAAGUAGAAAGCGGUGUCUAUUCUUCAUUGUCGCUACAUGGAUCGUCGCAAUGGCCGUUCAUUCGCCAUAUCUUGUUGCUUAUAAACUUGGUAAAUACCCAGAACGACUGAUGUGCAAAGGUCUGUGGCAGGAAGCCUUCGGAGGAAACACAUAUCCAAAUUACAUCUUAGCAGUUGCUAUCGUGUUUUUCUACAUUCCCUUUGUCCUCUUGGUGAUACUGUACUCCGACAUCCUGAUCAAGCUUAAAAACCAAGUCCAUCCAGGUGAGCAGUCAGCCAACGCUGAGCAACAGAGGACAAGAAGAAACAGAAACGUGCUUAAGAUGGCUAUUACUAUCGUGGUAGUGUUUUUCAUUUGCUGGAUACCCUUAAUCAGUAACGCGAUAAUAGACAAGAAUUUCAGUGCACCAGACAGUCUCAUUUUUUCUUCUUGUAGUUUUCAUAUAUACCGUACUGUCACCUUCUUUAUGGCUUUCGCAAACUGUGCUAUUAACCCGAUUAUCUGCCUCAUUCUAAACAGUAACUACCGCCAAGCUCUUAAGAGACUUGUGAGUUGCUGUGCCGCCGAUGCAGUGGAAUAUUAACGUUUGAAGACUGAAAGCCGGGUCUGAAGAGAUUCAUUAAAAAAAGAAGACCAAUAACAACUAAUAUGUUAUGUAAAAUAACAGCGAAAUCACGAAAGAAAUGCUUGUGAAUUAUGUUUUCGGCUGCAAAGUAAUCUGGAGCACGCCCUAACCCUAACUCUAGGAAGGGUGGAAAAUGUUAUUGUAUGAACGCAUUUUCAAAGUAUAAUUUUGCCGAAAAACGCCGAUCGAAGCCAGUAGAGCCGUUUUAUUAUUCUGUUCACUGAAACAGCUUCUGGAUGGUUUGCUGCAGAACCGGCAAGACAUCCAAAGAAAACGGUAUGAUAUUAGCAGAUCGACAUGCAAACUCUGAAACCUAAGUAAAGGAGCGCAGGCAGACUUAUUUCUACCACGAACCAAGACGAGGGACUUGAGCAUAGGUGAAAGAAGAGGCCAGUUAGCCACGGUCGUCCUACAUUGUAAAGACAACUGAUGUGUCUGAACUAAAGUGCCUUAGAGUAUACUCAGCUGAAGCGUUUAGAAAAAAAAUCAAGAGUUACCGCUGGAAGUUAGUUGAUAACAACAAAGAAAGUCUUUCAACACAGAGAGGCAUACUAAAGUGUUCAGCCUACCCUUAGUUGUCAUCACCAGAAUCACCCCGAGCACCUGUCCAGUCACGUGCACCGGUGCCAUGUUACAAAUAUGGCGUGAACAAACAUUUUUCUUUCUUUUUGCGAAUAAUAACUAGGGAAUGUUGGAAAAAUGGACUGCGUGACUGUCACGCUGUGAAAGUAAACUUUGUUCCUUUUGAUCUCGUUACUUAGUGAUAAAUUGUAAUGACGUGAUGUAGGUUUAGGAUUUUGAAACUAUAAUCAUCUUUGUAGCAUGGACAUUAAAUUGUGAAGUGAUUCGAGUCUGUAGCUAGGUCGUUUUAACGUGAAUAUUUUCUGGAAAAUCUCUUGUGUUAGAAGCAAUCGGAAGAUUCCUGACAGGGCAACUUGAAGGGAGAAAAUUGUGUAUACCCUGACGCCGAGUGAGAAAUUAGUAGAUUUUUCGCUGUUUGUGCGAGGAACAAUUUAAAGACUUUUUCCUCUGUUUCAGCUGUAGCAUUUUCUACGGAAUGCUUCAUUUCCCUCGUUUAUAUGUUGCCUAUAGUCACCGACGAAGUCCGCCAUGUUUUAAUUUGUUAUUGUGUAAAACUUGAUGACAUUAAGAAGUGACGUCAGUAUUCCGUUUUAUUCCAAAUAUUCUGCUCAGCUGAUCUGUAUUUGGAAUAUCUGUUCCACUUAGUUUAGAACUGGAGUAACAGGUCAAUCGAACGGAUAUUCCGGAUCUUUCAAUUGUAUUCCUAUUGAGCUCAAACCAAGUUAGAAUCGCAUCGUGUUUCGGUUAUUUCUUAGAGCAUUAGAGACGUGUGAAAAGAGCUUUGUUGAAAGAGACGUGCCACCAUAAAUAUCAAUAGUCGGAUAAUAAUUAUCCGCUUUUGUAUAAAUCGUAUGAAAACUAGCUAGAGAGACGUGUAUCUCGUUGUUUAACAUUCUGACUUCAGCUGUCUUAGCGUUAGGCAUUAAGCCAUAACGACCUUACAUCUUCUUUUGCAUGCUGAUUCUGAGAUGUGAAAGACGAAUAAAUUUCAAAUUAAUACAAAACGUCAAAGGUUUAGUGAACAAAAUUCUAUUUGUUUAGUCACUGGGAUGAGCUUCGCUCUAGUAUUUAUGACCUGUGUGUGUACCUUAUAUCGCGGCAAAUAUGACCUCUUUGUCACGGUAUUUUGUCACGGUAUUUUAUUGCAAAAAGCCCAGUGAGGGCGAGUCGACGAGUCUUAGAGCUCCUAGGGAAUUAAUUUCAAGGGCGAAUUCUGCAGUUGUUGACUACAUUUAUUGAAAUGGAAAAAUAGCAGAAAACAUAAUGUAAGCCAAAUCAAUGCAGUAUAAACAGUGUAUACCUUCCUUUCUGUGAUCUUGGAUAAUGUAAACCGAAAAGAAAUAAUAUGCAAAUAUAAGAAAAGGAAAGUGUUCAAGAACGGGGGGAGAGAACCCCUGGGAUGCUACUCUAAAAGAACCAGUUCCACGACUUAUUCGAACGCUUGUCUGUGAUUGGGCAAAAAAAUAUUUUUUGUGCCCAAUCAGAAGCCAAGCAUGUAUUGUGCUGCCUUCGUAGCCUUCUUACACGAAAGAGUUCACCUGCAAACUCGACUGUUUCCUCUCCGCCCCUGAAAAAAAUCAGUCUGGCUCGUGCGGGAGAGUUUCUUCGAGAAGAGGUUUCAGUGAAUUCAAAAUGAGCCCUUAAAGUCUACUCUACCAGUUUCAUUCGACCUUCUUGUAUCACUGAAGAGAAACAUUUAACAACAAAUUUACAAACUUUAAAGGCCGAAAAAAUGUCUCCUGCACGCGCCUGCAUGAGUAUGCCGAGCAGACGUAAACAAACACGCAGACGAUUCCGCAUGAACAAGCCUAGAAGUACCCUGGUAUUUACGAAUUGACCUUCGAGCAGUCCACAGGCGGAUUUCUUCAAUUGUUGCAUUUUUCGUUUUAUUUUGGUUUGGUAACAUGCUAAAUUAUGGGGUAAGAUUUCCGUAUAACCCCAUACACUUAUUAUGCGUGCAUGUUUCCACUCUAUUCAUUUUCAUAAUUAUCAAGUAGUAUGAAAUUGCUACGUGCAUGAUAAUUGUAUGAGUUUACACUGAAAUUUUACCAAUUAUGGCUUUUCAGUGGGGCCUAUUUUUACUGAAAAAAAUUCUCCAAGAAAGCUCUCCUGCGGGAGCCAAACAUGCACGGCCAACAGUCGAGUUUGCAGGUGAACAUUACAAGCCUCAGCGUUCCGGAAGUUAAAAAAUGCGGCGCGCCUGGUUGUUUUGAAGUGACGUAAUCAUCCAGUUGAGUAUCUGUCAUCUUAACACUUUUGCGGUCAACUACCGCAGAGCUCGUAAAGUAUUUUAGGGACGGACCACUAGAAAAGUUAUAAAGUUAUGGGGGGUGUACUUCGUCCGUCCCCCCCAUAAGUUUCCUAAUGGUGCGGCCCUUAAUUAAAAUCGUGUUCAAACCACUGUGGAGGAAGUCUGUUUAUAAUUGUGUCGAUAAAUGCACUUCUGACUUUCAUGAGGUUCAAUUUUGAAUUAAUUAUCAAAAUUUUUGUUAAGCGAGAAGUCUACCUACGGUUCCCGGGAAAAGGAACUUUUAUAGUGGCGCAACACAAAUUUUUCGAAAGUCGAGGAUGUGCUGACAAACCAUUCACUAUAUCUAUGCGACUAAAGGAGGGUAUAAGGUAUAUAACACGUUUAGCAUUUCGACCCAUAGCCGAAAAAAAUAAAUUAGACAAUUGCCCUAUGUCCUUUCUGGUUUAUCUAGGUAGAAGUCCUGGCAUAUAAUUAUGCCCGAGCGCUUCUAGGAUAUAAAACACGUUUAGCAUCAGGGACACCCAACGGCAAUUUUCGGGAAAAUAUCUGUUCGGAAGACGAUUUGAGAACUAGAAUUUUCGGAACAUUUGUUGUAAAAUUUCUUGCUUGCCUGCCUCUCCUAGGAUUUUCGAACAUCUACAAAAUGGUAUAAUUACCCAUUUUAAACGGAUAUUUACCCUAAAAAAGGCCACCUAGAAUUUUCGGGAGCCUUUUCCUGGCUGAAAUUUUCGAAAAGGUAAGUUUUGAUUCCUAUAAUUUUCGGACAAGUAGAUUUUCAGCUAGGAGAUCCGAACAGAUGAAAAGUUUUUAGGGGAUAAAAAUAUGCCUAUAUCUACGGUUUAAAUACCAAAAUACGUUCAAAAAUGCUAUGUUAAGUGGUUUUGAACUAUACCCUCGUUGGGUGCCCCUGUAGCAUUUCGACGCGAAAAAAAAAACAAUUGAAAGCUGUUCCAUAUCCUUUCUGGUUCAUCCAGGUAGAACUAGUCCUUGCAUGUUAUUCAUGCCUGACCGCUUCCAGGAUAUAUAACACGUUUAGCAUUUCGACCUGUAGAACAAAAAUUAGGCAGUUUUUCGACAUCCUUUCUGGUUCAUCCAGGUAGAAGUCCUUGCAUGAUAUUAUUAUGCCUGAUUGCUUCUAGGAUAUAUAACAUGUUAAGCAUUUCUUACCACACUUUCAUCCUCGUCGAUAAAACACAAGUUAUAGUCAAAUUAAGAGGCCGCUUUGAAUCGAUACGAUUUCAUUUGCAUUUCUCCAAAUUGUAGAGGGGCUGAAUAUUAGUUUGAAGAGUGCUUUGAACUGUAGUACAUGCUUAAUCAACAUAAACGAGAAGUGAUCUAAAAGCUGAAGGAGAAGUUUGUAUUUCUAAAUUUUUUCCUGACAUCAAGUUAGGGGCCGAAGAUUUAGGGAGAAAAAAGGGGGGAUUAAAAAAAGAAUGCAGACUCUGUAUGUCAGGGAAAAAGAAAAAAAUCUAUCGUGGGGCAACAUAUUCUUACACAAAGCAAUUUACCUAUACCCUCUCUCCCCCCCCCUCCUUACCCCCAAACUCCUCAAAAGUCAGCUAACUGGCCACUUAGUCAGCACAAAACGAAAAACAAAUAACAAGGACAAAAAUUAAAAAGCGCCAAAUUUUCAGGACCGGAGUCGGUUUCUUUGAGGUUCGCACAGUUUCUAGUAGUUAUAUUUGAAUGGAUUACGCGAAAAGGGAUUUUCUUGUCCUUUCAGGUAUUGUAUCAUUUUUAGUGUGUUUACACUGCUUCAAAAAUUGCUUAUUUCAAUAUAGAUAUUUCUUAUUUCUUGCUUACAAAUAUUUUCUAUCGAACCGGCCAAGUUUAUAUUUAGCCAAAUUCGAAAAUAGUAUAGAGAAUGUUGCUGACUAACACUUGCCCAUACAAUGCACUCUCGCUUUAUUAACUUGCUUUGUUACAUCAGUAUAAAAACGUUCACCGGAUUAAUCGAAAUUCGAUAUUUACUUUAGAACAUAGAAUGUUAUGAAAACGGUUGCAGUUUUAUGGAGUUUGUGUCAUUUUCGUGAUAGAGAAUCGGAAAGGAUAUAUUUUAGUAGAAAUCAGAUUCCAGAAUAUGUGAAUACAAGAGGGCGGAUCAGAAUGAUAUGAUAUUGCUCUUAUACUGAAGGCGAAAGGGGGUAUAAUAUGUGGUGCGCACUUUCAAAAGUACAUUCAGUUAUUAUUCCGCACUUAAAGGGGUCAUAAAAGUGUACUGUUUAAUAGUAUUAAAGUGUUCACUUCAAGAGUCCUAAAGUGAGCACUUUAAAGGAGUCUUAAAGGGAACACUUUAAGGAUUAAGUUAUAGCAAACAUUAUGAUGAGAAGAUGGAAUCAUAAUGUCAUUUUAUUUCGAGGCAUUUCCCGUUUCUUAUCAGCAGUGUGCAGGCGGUGUUUCCCUGGCCAAUCAGGAGAUCGAACAUGUUUAGUGCUGUAUAAAAGACUUGUUAUGUGUUUCGCGCGACCCUUCCAACUAUUACUAUCAGCCUGUACUAGUGACAUCCCUUUGACGCUUAGUUGAAAAUUUUUCCCACCACCUCCCCAGUCUCCGACCUGCCACCGUCUACAUCCUCUUAUAGUUUUAUCGUCUUUAGUUUGUCGCAAGUAAUGGCUAAUUUGUGGCGGAUUUUUGUCCCCACCUUUCCUGAAGAGAUGUUAAUUAGUUAGUUUUAUCAUUGGUUUCAAUUAAAAACGUCACGCUUGUGGCCAUUUAUCCCAAACAGCUGAGAUUCUUGCUCAAUACGUGUAUGCAAAGCUGAUGGGUAUUAAAAUCAUGUCAGCUUAAAGACGACUUCCAUAUUUGCGAAGCACUGUUGAAAAGGAGCUUUCUUUGGAAGUAUGUUACUGAGCUUUACUUUAAGUAUUUAAACGCAGACGUAUUAUUGGUCGUUAGGUUAAAGCCUUAUACACACCUAUAGAGAAACGUUCAACAUGAACACAACAGCAGGUGUAUCAAGUUCCCAAAGCUUCCCCAGUCUGAUAAACCCGGUAGCAGAAAAACUUGAGAAAACAGUUGCUUACACUCCGAUCGCUGUUCUUGCUUUGGCGGGAAAUUCUCUCAUAGGAAUAAUUGUCUGCAAAACUCCAACUUUAAGAAAACCAAUUAACCCAUUGAUCGUGAACAUGGCCAUGUCAGACUUGUUUUAUCCAAUAUUCCUGCUUCCUGUUCGACUGGCGGAAUUGCACGUUGGUUGGUGCCUUAUUGGUGGUGCCCUUGGUCAGGCCUUGGGCAAGCUACACGUUUUCCUUGUAGAUGUCUCAUCGUUAGUAUCGAUUCAGAGCCUGAUUCUGAUAACAGUGGAUGGAUUCUGA